AUGGCGAUGAGAACCAGAGACCUCAGAGACCAAGAUACUACGGACGCUUCGUCACAGUAUCUUACGAGGAAGCGGAGGUGCCGCGGACUUGGUGAGUCGAGCCAGGAGUCACGCACCCAGCUUGAUGUCCCUCGGCCAUCCGAUCAUACCUUCUCAAGCACAUCGAACCUAUCACUUUCACCCGAACUUACGGCUGCUCUGAGAGUGACGAACGGAUUAUGCGGCUACUGCCGCGUUCUGGAGCUAAAUGACCGCGAGCGUGGUGGGCGAGCCCCUUCCUCGAGGACAUCUGCGAAGAAACUACGUUUCAGACAGUCAACCAUCGAGCUAGAUUACAGCCGGGUCGAUCGGCUUCGCGACAUGCCAUCACUCAGUGCAACAGAGAAGGCUGGCUGCCAAUUCUGUCGGCUGCUGAUACGGUCUCUCAGAAGCUACUACGGCCAGAUGUGGCAUGAGCUGGAUGGGAGUGAGACAAUCGAGAUCAGCCGAAUGCGUUAUUCCUGGGGCAAGCAUCUCCAGAGCCUCAAAGUCAAUCUCGUCUACAACCGCGCGGUGGUAAGUCGCAGCGAGGAGUUCGCAUUCCCAAUUGCAGCCCAUCCUGGUGCUUCUACCGAAUGGCUGGGCAUCACAAGGCGACCAAGAUACGAAAGCAUCUUGUCAGAAGAUGGGACCCAACUGCAACGCGGCGUAGCCGAAAUGAUUACCGGCUGGAUCAGUGGGUGCAAAGACCAUUCCGCUCUCAUGAAGAAUGCAGAUACUCUGCCAACGCGGCUUCUCGAUGUGCGAAACACGGAUGCCCAAGGCGGAAUCCGGUUGAUUGGCAGUUUCGAGCACACUGAAGUGAUGGAGGGGGUGCCAUGGAAAUAUGCAGCCUUGAGCCACUGUUGGGGUGACCCGGCCAGGCCGCCCCUCAAAACUACCAGAGAGAACAUCGAUGCCAUGUCCACAUCGAUCCCUUUCGAAACGUUGCCGAGGAACUAUCAAGACGCAGUUACCGUCUGUCGGAGCCUCGGUAUUCCCUUUCUCUGGAUAGACUCACUCUGCAUCAUUCAAGAUGACAAGCAAGACUGGGAGCUUGAGUCCCCGCGAAUGGCGGAAAUCUACGAGCAGGCCUACAUCACAAUCAUUCCAACAGUUGCAAAGUCUUGCCACGAAGGCUUCUUGAGUCGCUCACCACUUGACCCAAGAUCUGUCGCUCAUAUUGCAUUUCAGUCCGCGCUGAAUCCGCCCAUCCAGGGCUCGUACAUGAUCGAAGAUGCCAACUUCACCAAAGAUUUACAUGUACGACUGCAAUUCCUCCGAGAUACCAAGGAGACAAGGUGGGGGAGCCGUGGAUGGACGUUUACAGAACAGCUAUUCGCCACCAGUCGCCUGUACUUUGGAGCCACCGGACUGCACUGGAGCUGCGACGAGAAGUACUGCUCCGAGCUGCACCACGGCGACCAGCAACCCGAGGAGUUUUCGCUGCGAAGUUACAUCAAUAUGACGGCACGUCUGUCCUCCUCACAGCACUGGAAAUGGUACCGGCAGAUCCUGGAAUACUCGUCCCGUUGCCUGACCGUGCCGCACGAUCGACUCCCGGCCAUAUCCGCGUUCGCGAAGAAGAUUGCAAGCAUGACCGGCGACCGUUACCUAGCCGGCCUGUGGCAAUCCGAUCUCUCCAACGGACUGCUUUGGCAGAGCCGCGGCGGUAGCGAUGAGCAGCAGCAACAUCAUGUUCGUGCCAAUAUAAUCCUCCCCGACACUCCCGAGUAUGUGGCUCCGUCGUGGAGCUGGCUCGCCCAAGCCCGACAUGCAGACCUUACGCACGAUAAUCCUGGGUCGCCAACAAUCAACGCACGCCAGUUCAUUCGGGUGAUGGAGGCAGACACCGCUUGUGAUGGCCUCAACCCCUUCGGCAGGAUUGUCGACGGUCAUUUGACACUCCAGAGCAAAGCGUACAUCUGCCUCCGUACCGAAGCUUUGCACCCGUGUCGAGAAUUCACAUGGAGUGGCUGGGAGAUAGUGUCGAACGGCUCUCACGUAGCCGAGUGCAGCUUUGACGGGCAGGCGCUGCUUCCGAAGUACGUCGAGAGUUGUGGUGGCGAGGCAUUCCCGGCAUACGAUCUAAGAGCCCAGCGAGUGCUACUUCUCGCUAUCCGAGCAAACACCUGUUUGGGUGAAUAUUCUUUCAUAGCAACCCCGAACGAUCACUUGGCAGUUUCGGGGUUGAUCCUCAUCCCUAGCGGGCGACGAGAUGGCGAGUACUGUCGUGCCGGGGUAUUCCAGUCACGGGCGGACCGAGGUGGAGGCGUCAAGCUUUUCGAACAGUGCGAGACUUGGACCGUCACAAUCAUUUAG